AUGAGGUGGCUGCUCUCCAGCGGGCUCCUUGCCCUGUUCGCAUCGACGUCAACAUGCUGGCCGUACGACGAAUCUUUCCUCCAGUACAAUCUCAACCAAAAUCAGACGGCCACAGACCCAGCUGACUAUUGGGGAGAAUGGCCUAACCACGAGGGCAACUACCAUCCAUCUCCAGAUAACUGGCGAUUCCCAUUCUAUACACUCUUCUUGGACCGCUUCGUCAAUGGCGAUCCUACUAAUGAUAACAUCAACGGCACAUUGUUCGAGCAUGAUCUUAGUUCAACCCAAAUGCGUCAUGGAGGUGAUGUUGCUGGCUUGGUUGAUACACUGGACUACCUUCAGGGAAUGGGCAUAAAGGGUCUCUAUCUUGCAGGAACCUCCUUAAUGAACCAGCCCUGGGGCUUCGACGGAUAUUCUGCCUUAGAUACAACACUACUCGAUCAACAUUAUGGCACCUUACAAGUUUGGCGAGACGCUAUCACCGAAAUCCACAAGCGGGGAAUGUAUGUUGUCUUUGACAACACCAUUGCCACAAUGGGUGACCUGAUCGGCUUCGACGGAUACCUCAACACCACGACGCCCUUUUCAGAGAAGGAACAUGCGACAGUCUGGAAGAGCAAUCGUCACUACGUGGACUUUGAAAUUGGAAACACGUAUAAUGAGACUUGUGAUUAUCCACGUUUCUGGUUCGAGGACGGAUACCCAGUCAAUGCAUCAGAGAUCGCCGGCCUGGUUGGUUGCUACGAUAGCGACUUCGACCAGUACGGUGACAUUGAGGCCUUCGGUGUUUUCCCAGAUUGGCAGCGUGAACUUGCCAAAUUCGCAUCCGUGCAGGAUCGUUUGCGUGAAUGGUAUACACCUGUGCGAGAAAAAUUGAUCCGUCAUUCGUGCAUGGUGAUUGCGUCCUUGGAUAUCGAUGGUUUCCGGUACGAUAAAGCCACCCAAGCUACAGUUGAAGCGCUUGGGGACAUGUCGCGAGCGUACCGCGAGUGCGCGCGCGCUGUUGGGAAAGAAAACUUCUUUAUCGCGGGUGAAAUCACUGGCGGUAAUACCUUCGGUUCUAUCUACCUUGGUCGCGGUCGGCAACCUAAUCAGUAUCCGGCCAGCGCCAGCAUUGCGAUGAAAUUGACCAACGAGUCUGAGUCUCAGUAUUUCUUACGUGAAGUGGGAUAUGAGGCGAUCGACGGCGCGGCCUUCCACUACUCGACAUAUCGUUCCCUGACUAGAUUCCUCGGCAUGGACGGUCAGCUCGCCGCUGGAUACGAUGUGCCUAUUGACUGGGUUGAUGCAUGGAACGAGAUGCUUCAAUCAAACGAUCUGGUUAAUGCAAACACUGGUAAAUUCGACCCUCGGCACAUGUUUGGCGCUACCAACCAAGAUGUUUUCCGCUGGCCUGCCAUCCAGUACGGUGUGGAGAGACAGUUGCUUGGCUCCUUUAUAACAACUCUUCUGAUGCCUGGAAUCCCCCUUCUUCUCUGGGGAGAGGAACAAGCCUUUUAUAUCUUAGAUGCAACCGCAUCUAACUAUAUCUACGGGCGACAGGCGAUGUCAUCUGCGACAGCCUGGAAAACCCACGGAUGUUUCUCGUUGGAAUCCUCCCAGUACUACCAGUGGCCUCUUCAAGCUGCUGGCGAGGGCUGCAAUGACGAGUCCGUUACCUAUGACCACCGUGAUCCAACCCAUCCAAUUCGCAACAUUAUGAAGCACAUGUAUCAGCUGCGAGAACAGUUCCCCGUUCUCAACGAUGGAUACUCGCUUCUGAAUAUGUCUAAGCAGACGGAGGAUGUGGUCUAUCCCGGUUCCAAUGACACGGCUACAGAGACUGGCAUGUGGUCCGUUCUUCGUAACCUCAAUAGCGAAGUGCAGGAUUUCGGCUCCGACGCUAAGAAUUCGCCCAUCUGGCUCGUCUACCAAAAUGUCAACCGCACAAUGGACUAUACGUUCGAUUGCAGUGACAACGAUACUGCUUUCCUAUCUCCAUUUGACACGGGCACAACGGUCAAAAACCUGUUCUACCCUCAUGACGAGCUUGUGUUGAUAGAUGGACCAAGGAAGCUUGGCCUAAAUGGAUCGACCGAAUGGAACGGCUGCUAUCCAAAUCUGACACUGGCGGCUUACGAAUUCCGUGCUUAUGUCCCAGUUUCCGUUUAUCAAUCGCCUCGGCCCAUGGUGACCAAAUUCACACCGGGCCAUGAUGCUCCUUUGCGUUCGACUGUAGCCCCGAAUUUGUCUGAAGAUGUGCAAAUUGAACUCUACUUCUCCGAGCCGAUGGACUGUCUGUCUGUGACCAACGGCCUGUCUAUAAAUUCAUCCACGGAGAUUGGAAUAUCUCCAACCCUGAACGUUAACACAGCCAGUUGCAAAAACAUCACUGCCACUGAGACUACCUAUACGGGACAAAUUCCUAGCGUUUUUGUGUGGACCGCCAAUCUGACCGGAGUCUAUAAUGGAGUUCACAGACUGACCUUGAGCAAUGCAACCAAUGCUCCCAAAGAUGCUUCUACCAACGCUGUUGACAACUUUUUGUUCCGCAUUGGCCAAAUCGACAAUCCCAUGGUCUUUACCACAGCCAAUUAUUCGAGCAGUCUGCUUCAUCAGGAAUCAGGCAACGACACUCUUUUCAUCCAGCACCACGCCGCAGGUGCCGACAAAUACCGGUAUUCUACUAAUUGGGGCACAUCCUUCUCCGAUUGGCAGACAUACAAGGGUGGAAAUGACACGAUUGAUGUGCUUCCGUGGUCCGGUACCAAGAAGCAGCAGUGGAAGGGUGAUCAUGUUCGCGUGGAGUACUGGAGUCGCUGGACCGGCAGCAGUUCCUAUGUGCAAGAAGGCGACACGAACUGGGAUCAAACUACUCAGCGACGCUUCCCUCAUGCCUUUUUCAAUGGUCCUUACAAUCAGUAUGGCUAUGACGGCGGUCUUGACAAUAACCUUGACCUGGACACGCUGGACGGAUACUGGAAGUACCAUUUCACAUCCGAAUGGCCUGCCACUGGACAAAUCAACAUCUGGGGCGUUAACCCGGAUGGCAAGCCAGACCAAAGCUGGGUGCUGGGUGAUAUGGAUAAUGAUAGCGUUUUGGACCGAAUGCCUCCGUCAUCUCUUUCGAGCACUUUGAUCAACAUCACUGAGCCUCCACCAGCGCCUUAUUUGUCAUGGAGACUCCAGAUCGACGACGGCACUCAAAGAUUCCACCUCCUACCGGUUGGAUCCAGACAUAUUCAAAUCAUCAUGUUUAUUCUCUUUUGGAUUGUAGCCCCGUUGACCGGCGCAGCCUGCGUCUACAUCUUCAUGGUGUCCUUCUACAAGGUCAAAUUCAACGAAGUGGGCAUCAGUGAAAAGCACAGUCUUUCACCGAUGGUCUUUUUGAAGAAGCUCACUCAUCGCCGCUCUGGCGAAACUUCCAUUAAUCCGCUCAUUCGCGUCACCAAAUCCGGGUUCAUGCAAAGCACCACUGCAUUGGCAGUCGCUGGCGCCACAGGUAAGCGCCGCAUGGUCUUGAUUGCCACCAUGGAGUACGAUAUCGAGGAUUGGGCCAUCAAGAUCAAGAUCGGAGGUCUUGGUGUGAUGGCUCAGCUCAUGGGCAAGACACUGGGUCAUCAGGACCUCAUCUGGGUGGUUCCUUGCGUGGGCGGCAUUGACUACCCGAUCGAUCAAGAGGCGGAGCCCAUGACGGUGACCAUUCUGGGCAGUGCCUUCCAGGUCCAGGUCCAAUAUCAUCGCCUCAACAACAUCACCUACGUGCUCCUUGACGCUCCAGUAUUCCGACAGCAAUCAAAGACGGAGCCAUACCCCGCUCGCAUGGACGAUUUGGAUAGUGCUGUGUACUAUUCUGCCUGGAACCAAUGUAUCGCCGAAGCCAUCAAGCGCUUCCCGAUUGAUCUUUACCAUAUCAACGAUUACCAUGGAUCUGUCGCGCCUCUCUACCUCCUGCCAGAGACUAUUCCUGCUUGUCUAUCCCUUCACAACGCCGAGUUCCAGGGUCUAUGGCCGAUGCGAACCCAGAAGGAGCGACAAGAAGUCUGCCAAGUUUUCAACCUGGAUGAGGACACCGCUCGUCGGUAUGUGCAGUUUGGUGAAGUGUUCAACCUUCUCCACGCGGGUGCAAGCUAUCUUCGAAUCAACCAACAGGGCUUCGGUGCUGUUGGUGUCUCAAAGAAAUACGGAAAACGCUCUUAUGCUCGUUACCCGAUCUUCUGGGGUCUGCGCAAGGUUGGCAAUCUGCCUAACCCCGAUCCUUCUGAUGUUGGCGAGUGGACCAAGCAGCCUAUCACAGAAGCUACUGUCGAUCCUGAGUAUGAGGCCGGUCGUGGUGAGUUGAAGCGACAAGCCCAAGAGUGGGCUGGACUCGACCAGAACCCCGACGCCGAUCUGCUUGUAUUCGUCGGUCGUUGGUCGAUGCAGAAAGGUGUCGAUCUUAUCGCUGACGCCCUGCCCGCGGUCUUGGAGGCGCGUCCCAAUGUGCAACUCAUUUGUAUCGGUCCUGUGAUUGACCUGUUCGGCAAAUUUGCUGCGCUUAAACUCAAGCGUAUCAUGGAGAUCUACCCUGGUCGAGUCUUCUCUAAGCCCGAGUUCACUGCUCUCCCGCCGUUUAUUUUCUCUGGGGCUGAAUUUGCCCUUAUCCCGUCUCGCGAUGAGCCCUUUGGACUGGUCGCAGUGGAGUUCGGCCGUAAGGGAGCCCUGGGUAUUGGAGCUCGCGUUGGUGGUUUGGGCCAAAUGCCCGGCUGGUGGUAUAACGUGGAAUCGACCUCCACGUCUCAUCUGCUUAUUCAAUUCAAGCUUGCGAUUGAUGCUGCCCUCAACUCCAAGACGGAGACUCGCGCACUGAUGCGUGCCAGAUCUGCCAAGCAACGAUUUCCCGUGGCUCAGUGGGUGGAGGACCUCGAGAUUCUUCAGUCCACGGCCAUUGCUAUCCACGAGAAGGGGAUUUCGAAGGGCCAUGGCCGGCCUCUCACUUCAUCCGGGACCAGUACUCCUAACGGUACGUUGAGAUCUGUGAAUCUAGGCAUGGCUCCAAUGAGUCCAUUGCCUAUGCCUGGGAUGAAUGCAGCAUUGCAACAUUCCAGAGACAGCAGCUAUUCGAGCUUCAAUCAGGUCAGCGAUCUGGGCUCUCAGCGGAUCUAUAGUCGUGAUAUUAGUCCCUCUGAGACUGAACAGCCCAAGUCUGCCCUGAGUCGGUCUCUUUCGCUAGGUGUUCGCUCGGGUCCCGGUCAUCGGUCACGCCGUGGCCGCCAUGCACAGGCUGAGAGCGAUAUCCAAGAAUCUGGCGAUAGCAGCGAUGCCGUGGAGGAAACCGACGACGAGGAGCGAACUCACAGCGUGUAUGGCGAUGACGAGUAUACUCUGACCCCUGCAGAGGUGGAGGAGAGCCGACGUGCGCAGGUUACACAGAGAGAAGGGAUUUCGUACUCUUCUCCACUGGCUUCACCUCGGCGCCGCCCCAGUCAAGAGUUGAUGCAUCCCCGAUUCCUCCUGCCUCCAACCAGCCCGGGCACGCCCCCCACGUCGGAGUCGCUCCUUCUUCCGCCUCAGCCUCUGUCAGAGAGCCACCGUUACAGCAACGCAUCCGUUCUCUCACUUGACUCUGUUGUCGGUGGCAAGAAGGACUUCAAGCUGCAGAAGGUCGAUCCGUUCUUCACCGACGGCACUGGCGAAUACUACCACAACUUUGAGCAGAAAUUGCAGAAUCUGAAUGGAUCCAAUUCCGAGGAUCAGCUCUGCAUUGAAGAGUUCUUGGUCAAGAGUGAGCAAGAAUGGUUCGACAGAUUCCGCGACGCCAGAUUGGGUCGUCACAAGUCGCCGACGCCAUCGAUCUUCCGCUCGAAGAACAACGCCUCCCCGGCUGGCGAGUCUUACACCGAGGGUAUUUCUCAUAUCGCUGAUAGUGACUCCCGCGAUUCAGAUGAUGAUGAGUUCUUGCUGGGCAAGGACUAUGUUCCCCCCACGGGUCUCAAGAAGUGGAUGCAGGUCAAGCUCGGCGACUGGCCGGUGUAUUCGAUCUUCCUCGCUCUUGGUCAGGUCAUCGCGGCCAACUCAUACCAGAUCACUCUUCUCACAGGUGAAGUGGGUGAAACUGCCAACAAGCUCUAUGGUAUCGCGACCACCUACGCAAUCACCUCUGUGUGCUGGUGGUUACUGUACCGGUACUUCAAAUCUGUCGUCACCCUAUCAAUCCCCUGGUUCCUCUACGGCAUUGCCUUCCUAUUGAUUGGUUCUGCCCACUUCGAACACGAUUCAUUCAACCGGGGGUGGAUUCAAAACAUCGGAAGCGGAUUUUACGCCGCAGCGUCCUCUAGCGGUUCCAUUUUCUUUGCCUCGAACUUUGGUGAUGAGGGUGGUGCUCCUGUCGAAACUUGGAUCUUCCGCGCGUGUGUCAUCCAAGGCGUUCAGCAGGCAUAUGUGAUCGGGCUUUGGUAUUGGGGUUCGACCCUGAGCAGGGCUUCCAGCGAAGGUCUUUUGUCAUCCGACAACUCCAUCUCCAACACCUGGAAAAUGACGGCCAUCUGUUAUCCUAUUGCCAUCUUCCUGUGGGCCGUUGGUCUUCUCUUGGUUUUCGGUUUGCCCAAUUACUACCGUCAAAAGCCCGGCAAGGUGCCUUCCUUCUAUACGUCCCUGUUCCGACGAAAGAUCGUCCUCUGGAACUUUGUGGCCGUUAUUUUGCAGAACUUCUUCCUUAGUGCACCAUAUGGCCGUAACUGGAGCUUCUUGUGGGGUUCUAACCACGCCCAUGCAUGGCAGAUCGUCAUCCUCUGCAUCGUCUUCUUCGGCGUUGUUUGGUGCAUCUUCCUCUUUGUCAUCAGUCGAUUCUCGAAGCGGCACAGCUGGUUCCUCCCCGUGUUUGCCUGUGGUCUGGGUGCCCCACGCUUUAUCCAGAUCUGGUGGGGCAUCUCUGGCAUUGGCUACUAUCUUCCCUGGGUGGCCGGUGGUUACACCGGCGGAGCACUUGCGUCGCGCAGUCUGUGGCUGUGGCUGGGAGUCUUGGACUCCAUCCAAGGCCUCGGCUUUGGUGUCAUCCUUCUGCAGACGUUGACGCGGGUACACAUGUGCUUUGCACUCAUCGCCUCACAAGUGCUUGGUUCCAUUGCAACCAUCUGCGCCCGAGCCUUUGGUCCCAACAACGUAGGCCCGGGGCCCAUCUCCCCUGACAUGACGAAAGGCGUCCAUGAGUUGGCAAAUGCUUGGUUCUGGGUUGCCUUGUUCAGCCAGUUACUUAUCUGUGCUGGCUUCUUGCUCUUCUUCCGAAAAGAACAGCUCUCCAAGCCCUAA